AACUCGCGCGCACCGCAGCUGCGAUCACUGUUGAUACCGACAUCGCCAUGGCCGCUCGCGGGAGCGUGCUUGUCGCACUAACCUUAAUUGUAACUUUAACUAGCGCGCGCGACUGCUUAGAACUUACCCUGCCAGAGUUUAACGACAGUAUUCUAAAUAGGACGUUUUUCGAUGUCAAGCGGCAAGUUGAUAGUGUGGGGGUGCUGGAGCUGUGGGAUCGGUUCCCGAGGGUCGUGGUGCCCACCAACGGGACCAGCGAGCUGUGCCGCAGGGAUAGCCAAUUGUACCUGGAGGGAUUGGAGCGCCUGGAACUUUGGGCUUUAAAAAUGUUCGACGCCACAGCAAAACCUCCAUCUGGGAUUUUGAGCGGUAACGCGAACCAAUAUGGCGAUUUCGACGAAUGUCUCGCCAUCGACGGGGCAGUACGGGGGAAGUACUGUCUUGCCUCGUUGGAAGUCAGUUUGGCGCGACCCGGAUACAUGCACCUCGACAGGAUGAUACACAGCGGACAUUAUCUCAGGAGCAAUGUUUCUGAUAUGGGCCACCGCGUGCCCCGCUACUCCAGCAUCCUCUGGGGCGUGUGCAUCCCCAGCUCCUGCAGCAGCUUUGACCUUGAAGAGGAGCUGUCUUACCGGCUCUCCGGGCUCGGCAUCUCAGUCAGAGUCCAGAAUACUAUGUGUACUGUUAAGGAUUUCAAACGACCUUAUUCAUUUGGAAAGACCCUUUCAAUAACAUUUUUCCUGGCAAUCUUAUUACUACUAAGUCUGGGUACGAUCCUCGACGACGGUACGGAGGGCGCGACAAACUUCGAGAAACUCCUCAAUGCAUUUUCACUGAGACGCAAUCUGAGAACGGUAUUCGAGGUAUCGGAUGAAACGCGGGUAAAAGGAGUCGACGCGUUCCGAGGGAUCAAUGCGUUGGCGCUUCUUAUGGCUCAUAAAUCUAUGGCGAUGGCUCACAACCCGUACGUCAACAAGACGCAAUUCUCGGCGGUGUUUGGAAUGCCAUGGGCAGUAAUAGGACGGUCGGCCAUCGUCUACACGGACAGCUUCUUGUACAUUAGUGGCUUUUUGAACGCCAACAACCUGCUGUCGGAAUUAGAGCGGAAGGGCACCAUAGAUAUCAAGAACAGACUUAUUUCUAGGUGGUUCAGAUUAUUCCCCCUGUUCCUGUCACUUAUGCUAUUCUGCACGUACGUGCUGCCCGACGUGAACAACGGCCCGCAGUGGAACCUGGUGGUGGAGGAGCACAGCCGCAUCUGCGAGAAGAACAUGUGGAAGAGCUUCCUGUUCAUACAUAACUAUUUCGGUUUUGAAGAAAUGUGCCUGACACACACGCACCAAAUUGGCAUGGACAUGCAGCUGUACGUGGCCACGCUCCCGGUGCUGCUGGUGCUGUGGCGGUACCGGCGGCUGGGCUGGGCGCUCAUCGCUGCCGUCGCCGUCGCCUCCACCGCGCUCCGCUGGCUCGCUAUCUAUUGGUACGACAUCAGCAUGUUCGUGUAUUUCGGGAUCUCAGUACAGAAGUUAUUGGAUGCGGCCCGCUACUCCUACAUCCUCCCCACGCACCGUGCCACCAUCUACCUCAUCGGAGUGUGCAUGGCGUACUGCCUGAGAACGAAGAAGUUUAACUUUAACCUUUCAAAUACGCAAGUCCGUCUGCUUUGGCUGUGCUGCUUCGCGCUGGCCGCUGCGACCAUCGUCAGCCCGUACCGGAUGGGUAUGGAAGGCUACCAGUACGAACACGCGCCCGCGGCAGUCUUCGCUGCCUUCUCUCCGAUACUGUGGGGUAUUUUCAUGUGUGUCAUGCAUUGGGCAAUCUGCAAUGACUAUGCAGGCAUAGGAACCGCAUUCGUGGAAUGGCGAGUGUUCAAGUUCUUUAAUAAGAUUGCGUACGGUGUUUACUUGACGCAAUUCCCGAUAUUCUUUUACAAUGUCGGCAUCCAGAGGCAUUCGGAACACUACACUCCUUUAUUACUGUUUCACGUGCCGGAGAUGCUGGCGGUACUGGUGACAUCCAUAAUCGCCACUGUAGCCAUAGAGAUGCCUUUCAACAAAAUUUAUAGGAUAUAUUUCGGUAAACCACAAACGAAUAAGUUAAAGGACAAGUAAAAUGAAGACUAUUAGAUUGUAAGGACUCUGGACUAAAUAAUUGUAUUAUACGUAGUUGUAUCUAGACAUCACCUAGGUUUAAGUUAUGUUAGUAUUUUAUAUCGAAUCGAAUAAAGUGAAUAAAUAAAAUAAGUUAUUCAAUAAU